ACACGAGAGACAGACUGUGUUGUCAACAGUUGAAAUAUUUUUGUUUUUAAUUUUUUUUCGCGAUCGCGAGGGUGUGUUGUGUCCGUCAUAUUGUUCCACCCGGGAAUAGAGUGUUGCCGGUGUCGCCCGGAUAGCCGACAAUGAAUCUGUCGUUCGCCGGCUGUGGCUUCCUCGGCAUCUACCAUGUCGGCGUGCGAGAUCACUUCGGACAUGUUGCACAUCGUGCGCGAGGCGCGGUGCAGGACGCUGGGCCCCUUCAGCCCCUCCUUCAGCGUGCAGGACAUCCUCCUGCAGGGACUUGAGAAGCAUCUCCCCGAAGAUGCGCACCUUCGCGUGAGCGGCAAGCUGCACAUCUCCCUAACCAGGGUUUACGAUGGCAAGAAUGUCAUUGUGUCUCAUUUCAACAGUAAGGAAGAUCUUCUCCAGGCCCUCAUGGCUAGUGCUUUUGUUCCAAUAUUCUCUGGAUUUCUGCCACCAAAAUUCCAUGGUAUUCGAUACAUGGAUGGUGGUUUCAGUGACAACCUACCAACGCUGGAUGAGAAUACAAUUACAGUUAGCCCUUUCUGUGGAGAAAGUGACAUUUGUCCUCGAGAUUUAUCUCUUCAAUUGUUCCAUAUUAAUGUGGCUAAUACCAGUAUUGAGCUUUCAAGACAGAACAUUUAUCGAUUCACUAGAAUUUUAUUCCCUCCUAAACCAGAGGUUCUGUCAAACAUGUGCAAACAAGGCUUUGAUGAUGCCCUAAGAUUUUUGAACCGCAAUAACUUGAUCAAUUGCACGAGAUGCUUGGCUGUACAAUCAACUUUUGUUGUCCAAGACACGCUCGAUGAAAGUCUUGAGUAUGAUCCUCAGUGUCAAGAAUGCAAAGUUCAUCGCCAGGAGGCCACAGUUGCCAACUUGCCUGAUACUGUCUUGAGUAUAUUCCAAGAUGCAAUUGACUCUGCAAACAAGGGUCUAAUGAACUGGGUCUUCAAACAUCGUGGCAUGAAACUCCUUUCUGUCCUAAGCCUACCGUACACAUUGCCUGCUGACCUCAUGUAUGCAACCUUUACAAAGCUUAUUGCUAUGGCACCCCACAUGGGCAACAAUCUCUACUUAAUGAGCAAAUUUAUCAUGGAUGAAGUGUCUCGUCUUUUGAAAAGAAUGAACAGAGAGCGAAGAGAAAUGAGUGCUCAAAUAACAUGCCAGCUGGCCAUCACAGAAUAUGGGGGAGCAUGUGAUACUGAACAAGAACAGGAGAGCCCAGUGCCAGUUAAGAACAAGAUGAACUUCAACUUCACGCUUAAUUUGGAUGAGAAUGGAGAAAAGAAAGGAACGUCUAGAAGGUUUUCCUCAAAUAAAAUUUUGUCAAGACAUGGAAGCUUUUCAGUCAAUAGAGCUGAAACUUCUAAUGUUGAUGAUGACACAUUUGAACACAUCCUUCAAGUGACUGCUCAACAUGAGGCAGUCAUGGCAUAUUACUACAUGGAUGAAAACAACAAGGUCAAAGUAACUGAGAUAUACGAUGUCACUGAUGCUGAUUCAAGUGUCCUCCUAAAUCCUGAGGAGAAGAUGUUGAACACCCAGCUUCAGUAUGAUGAUGAUUGGGAUGAAGUUAUGCAUGGCUCAUGGAUGUCAACUCAACCAACAAUGGAAGAGGAAGAUUUAGACGGUUAUGACGGAGACACGAGUGUGAGCUCCACAGAGGAAGAUGACCGUGAUGACCGUGAUCGUCACUUUUCAAGCAAUGUAUUUUCUGACCCUGAGAGUGAGUGGACCAGAGGAUCCAGUUCUCUUCAGAGCCUGACAGCAAAACCUGACAAUGCUGGAAGACAUUUUAAAUCUUCCCGACCUGAAUCUGAUCAAACAGGGCGGACUACCACCCGCCUGCCACCAAGAAAAUACCCUGUGAUGGACUCAUGAAGUAUUUUAUUACAUUGUGACUCAUCUGUUUUCAGUUGAGCAUGUACUGUAACAUAUUAUCAGGUCUCAGAAUAGUUUGAUACUGCAGUACGCAAACUGCAUAUUUGGUUUUGAGCGGCAGUAUUCAGAAUGUUUUUUGCUGGACUUAUUUGCAAGAACUGAGAGGGAUAAAUGAGCCUUAACUUUCAUCAUUCAAACCAAGACCCUUAUUUUUAUACACAUUAGUUAUUGUAUGAUUGUCUAAAAUAUGACUAACCAGAACAUUGUUAUAGCAGAUAUUACAUUCCAUACUUAGUGCACUUAGUGCAUCUUUGACAUUGAAAAUUACAGUACUAACUAAAGAGGAUAUCUCAUCAAUUUUGCCCUUGCCCGGUAUCUGUGAAGUUGUAUAGUUAUUUAUUUUUAAAACUUUUUAGUAAGUUAUGCAUUAAAUAAGUUAUUAUAAAUUUUAUAGUAUUUGUUACAAUUUAAAUUAUUAUAUCAUCAUUAAUGUAGUGGAAUAAGUAGCAAAAGUCAAUUAAAGGCUGGAUUUACAGAAAUUGAGACAACUUAUGGAGAAACUUUUAACACUUUACGUGUGACAGAUUCUUAAUAAUUAGACCUGUUACAUGGGGUUUUAGACCCACUUUGCAUCUUGUCUCUCUUCAAAACUUAUAAAAUGGAUGUGAUUCUCAAGAGCUUAGCUUUCAUCUUGGAGGGAAGUUUGUGUACCAGCAGACUUGUGAACUGCUUACUAUUUCUAUCAUGUCAAGUCACAGAAAUUUUAUAGAACUGAGCUAGUUAAAUAGUUAUAUCAUUUUGCACUGAUUAUGUAUGAGCAAUUGCUCUUCUCACUAGUUUUUAUUCGCAUAAAAAUAUUGGCUGUGAGAUUUAGGUAUGUAAUAUUUAAGUACAGGGUAAUACUUGACAGACAGCCGACAAAAGAAUACAGUAAGUAAAAGAAUUCUAUAUACGUGACUUAAGUUAAGGCAGUGUGAGAUUUUAAUCAACAAAAUCAAACCAUCAUUUAAGCCAGAGUGGGAAGUUUUUAGAUCAUCUGGCAACUGUAUUUUCUAAUCAUGCAUUUGUUUUUGUAUGAUCUAAACCAAAGUACUGUGGUAAAGGAUAUAUAUCAUUAAAGUAGUUUAAGUACCUGAUUUUUUUUAAACAGCCAAAGUAGAGUAAUAUUGUGACACAUGAAAGGUUUAUGUGAAGUAAAGAAACAAUACUUGCUUUCCAAAAUUAGAUUUGGUGAAUUGGAUUCUGAAAUAAAAUAUUCCAUGAGUGCCUUAAGUGAAGUGUCACAAACGCUACAAAUUGUUUCUUAUACCUAUGUAAACUUCCGGCUCGUGCUUUACUUUGUCAGUCUUUAAUGAAACCUUCAGCCCUGUGUUACAUAGAUAAACUUUUCUAUGUACGUCGAGGUAUUUCAACAUGACUUUAGACACCAUACUCAACUUGAUAUUGUUGCUCUUGUAACUUGCAAAAUUUCCUUGCCCAUUGAUUUUUUGGAAACUAUUUAUUAUCCAAAUAGGUAAUUUACCAAUGUAAACAUCUUUCUGUCUUAUAAUUGCCAAAGAGUUCACAAACAAUAAAGAAGAAAGUAUUAUAAAUGUAUAUUUACUGUUUCAGCUCUCUCCCCACCAAUUUGAAAUCUAAUGGUGGUUCUUAUUUGUUAUGUAAGCUUUUGCUGCAUGUGUUUGAUAGUAUGUAAUUUCUUCCCACAACUUAAGUAUAAAUAUUUUUACACCUAGUCCAUUUGGGUACAUUUGGAAAUGAAAUAAAUAAAUAUUUAUGUGAUAACUGA